AAGGAAAAAGUUGGCAGGCAGACAGCAGAGCCCUGUCUGCAUCCAUCGCAGAGAGGAGGCUCGUGUGGUGUGGGGCGGGCCAGGAGCAAGGAGAGGCCUUCCUCCCUUUGUGCUCCCCCCACCCAGCCCUAUAAAUAGGCCCAGCCCAGGCUGUGGCUCAGCUCUAGGAGGGAGUUCAGCACCAGGCAUCCAGCGGUUAAGUCGAGGCCCCUGCCAGCAUGGCCAGCGAAAUCAAGAAGAAGAUCUUCUGGAGGGCUGUCGUGGCUGAGUUCCUGGCCAUGACCCUCUUUGUCUUCAUCAGCAUCGGCUCUGCCUUAGGCUUCAACUACCCACUGGAAAGAAACCAGACGCUGGUCCAAGACAACGUGAAGGUGUCACUGGCCUUUGGUCUGAGCAUCGCUACCCUGGCCCAAAGUGUGGGUCACAUCAGUGGUGCUCACCUCAACCCAGCAGUCACACUGGGGCUCCUGCUCAGCUGUCAGAUCAGCAUCCUCCGGGCUGUCAUGUACAUCAUUGCCCAGUGUGUGGGAGCCAUCGUUGCCACUGCCAUCCUCUCGGGCAUCACCUCCUCCCUACUCGAAAAUUCACUUGGCCGCAAUGACCUGGCUCGAGGCGUGAACUCCGGCCAGGGUCUGGGCAUUGAGAUCAUUGGCACUCUGCAGCUGGUGCUGUGCGUUCUGGCCACCACUGACCGGAGGCGCCGAGACCUAGGUGGCUCAGCCCCGCUCGCCAUUGGCUUGUCUGUGGCCCUUGGACACCUGCUGGCGAUUGACUACACUGGCUGUGGUAUCAACCCUGCCCGGUCAUUUGGCUCUGCUGUGCUCACCCGCAACUUCUCAAACCACUGGAUUUUCUGGGUGGGGCCAUUCAUUGGAGGUGCCCUGGCAGUGCUCAUCUAUGACUUCAUCCUGGCCCCGCGCAGCAGCGACUUCACAGACCGCAUGAAGGUGUGGACCAGUGGCCAGGUGGAGGAGUAUGACCUGGAUGCUGACGACAUCAACUCCAGGGUGGAGAUGAAGCCCAAAUAGAGGAGGCUUGGCCUGGGCAUCCAUAUGGGGGUGGGGUAGGGAUGGGCGGAGGGAGGGGAGGGCUGAAAUCAUAUUGUAGACACUCUGACAAGCUGACCAAAGUCACUCCCCAAGACCUGCCUGACCCACACGGUCUAUCUAGCCUUGUCUGGGGGCAGUAAUAUCACUGUCUUUCUUUCUGUUUCCUGGUCUCAGAGCUUCCUGGGGACCAAGAUUUAUCAACUCAGUACCUCACUCCUUUGACGUCAUGGAGGAGUGAAAGGAAGGGACCCACCUGUUAGCUGUCCCCUCAGAGUGUGCUAGGAAGUCCCCCUCAUUCCAAAGCUGCCCAGCAAGUCCCCCACCUUAGGUGCCUGGGAUUCUGCCAUUGUUGCUUUGUGCCUUUGAUCAAGGCCUUCCUUAUCCCCAAAGGCACUUUGAGGGAGAGGAGGUCCCCUAACUUUCCCCUUUGGUCUGACUUACCUCCAGGACCCUUCCCCUUAAACUCACUCUGAGACCUUGGAAUUGUCCCUGUGCUGAGGCCUCACUUAUCACAUCUGUAAAAUGGCAAGGAAGGGACAGCUUUGGGGAUUCUGUAAGUGUGGACAUGCCACAGGUUCUAGAAGGGACAGUCUAGACAGUACUGCUUUGCGCACCUGGCCUGAGCUCCUCUCCAACAUUCACAGCCCACGAGCACACAUGGAUGAGCUACAGAGCAGAGGCUGUCCAGGAUGCUGGAAGUGCCUGUUCACACAGACACCCUUCCUUUAGGCGGGUUUGCUGUAGCAGAAUGAAGUCCAUUUCGUGGUGGUAAGAGCUCACAUUCCCUGACCUAGCUCUGGUGGGUCGUCCUGUGUAACAUGGCACCAGCUGGGUGUUUAUGUCAGUCCUCUAGUCUCCCUUGCAGCGUAGAUCUGGUGUGUGUGUUUAUUAAAGAGCACUGGGCUAUGUGCAGCAUCAUGUCAGAGGAGAGAAGCAGCUAGAUAUGCAACAGACCCCAGACAGAUGCCCAUGGUGGGCACGCAGGGGUUUGGGUGCCCCUAGAUCAUCAUGAUCAAGGAGGCCACUCUUGUCCUGGCUCAGGAGCUCCUGGCUAGAUGCAUUUGAUCAGAGCGUGGACAAUCUGAAGAGGCUCACUAUGUGACUCCAGGCACAGUCUGUUCUCUGCAUUGACCCGAUGAUGCAGCUUCUGCUGCAGCCUAAGGACAUCUCAGAGCGGAGUCAGCUCAGGGGUUGCAUUUAGCUCUAGGUUAUUCCAUUCAGUCUCACCAAGCCUGAGCAGCUCUGCCGCUGUGCCCCUAACCAUGUCGUGAACCCAGAGCCGCAUUCUUCAGGUGCUUAGAAGCAGCAGGACAGUCAGGAGGCCAUCGACCACUGGCAUAACACAGCUGCACACUCUUCUCCAUUCCCUAGCAGGCACUGUACCCACUUAACAGAUAAGGACACUGAGGACCCAUAUGCUCAACUAUAUCAUUUUGGUUCAAGCUUUAGCAGUCAAGGCCAUGUUUGGCCACUCCAUGGUCAAUGAAGUGGACUCCUCUCACCUCCAGCUUCUCAGUUUCUGCCUGGGCAAUAGCUAAGGGACGGGGUUGGGGGUGGGGAUGGAGGUGGUGAGAGAGCUGUGCUGGAGGGGGGCAGGGCAGGCCCAUCCCACCUGGUUCUGGCCACUGUGAACCAGGACCCUGUUAUCUGUCUGCUCUGUGUAUGUUUCUCUGCAAUUGAAAUUUCAUCUGAUGAUAAGAAAAUAAAGGACAAUGACUUGCAAGGUC